AUGGCACUUUUAACCGAUUCUAUUUUCCCUUACGAAUAUGAGCGGACUGGCAGAUGGUAUAGGCGAGAGAUUGAGAGACCUGAAUUUAUGGAGCCGGGACUCCGGCUCGUGAGAACCAAAGUGAAGAUGAUCAAUUUUUAUAGAGAUUCAGAUUCAGACAUUUCAGACAUUGCUACGACGCAAGCGAUGGUACACACCGAGCCGAAUGAAGUGGUCUACUAUCACGGCACUACAGACACCCACGCUACCAACAUCCUGGAACGAGGCAUCGAUUUGAAAAAAUCAAGAGCAAGACAAGACUUUUCUAACGGAAACGGUUUUUAUGUGACGCAAGACAUAGACAAGGCCGUAGAAUGGGCAAAGAGAAAAGCUAGAGGUGGUACUGGAGCUAUCAUUGCUUUCAGAAUUAGCAAGGAUUUGGAGAGAGAGGAACCCCAUCUCUCACUUGAGGUGCACACAGCUAGAAGAGAACAACUAUGGAGGAAAGUAGUUUCUUAUUUUCGGAAAGGCGUAUAUGAUUCAGAAGUGGUUUCGUUAGUGCAAAAUCAAAAAUUCAUUACAGGACCUGUCAGUGAUGUGCGUACUACGCCUUAUGACUUUGACCAGACUUGCAUACGCGACGCCGAUUACGCCAAGCGAUUUGGACGCCUGCAGAACAUAUUAUUUGUUAUCUUUAUUGCCUAA